AUGCAGGCGUCAUGUCUCAAUCCGAAUGGUGGCGGCAGCGCGUCGUCAGUUCUGGAUCAGUCUGAUGCUGCUAUGUCCCUUCCAGAAGAACCGUGCGCCCAGGAUGAUGAUAGCCCUCCAGGGCACUUUGGUUUCAUUGCCCAAGAUAAGGUGCUGAGAUUGCCCAAGGAGCAAAACCCAGAAUCGAAUGGCUGCAAUAAGGAUCUGGAUCUCUGGUUUCUUAUUCGUACUGACCAGGAUCAUUUAGCCCUGAGUUGCGGCGCCACCCUAACUCUCUCG